CGCAUCGAGAUAAAUUUAAUAUAGCUAGCGCAUAGAUGGUGUAAUUAUGCACCUGUUACAGUGUAUAUAAAUUGGACAAUAGGUACUGCCAAAACGAUUGAAGGAUAUGAACAACCUAUAUAAAAGAUUUACGUUGAUUACGGAUUUUAAUCAUGGAACUUUUCCAUUCAGUGCUUUGUUUAUAAUUAUUGGAAGUUAACAUUCCAUAGUCACGUGAUGGAGAUUCAGAUUUGUUUACCCAACGCUGACAUGGCAAUGGGAUAAACACGUCUACAAGUCGGUCAUUUCGGUGAACGUUACGGUACUAACCCAAACUGAUACACAAAACACGCGAGGUUAUGUCGUACGAGGACAAUGAUAACAAGAACUGGCUCAAGGGUUCCCUCGCUCUCAGAAUUACCAAGGAAGGGCUUCGGGACCUAGUUGAUGGAGACAGCAGGAGUAUACAACACAGGAUACACUUAUCUGUCAUCCAAGCGAGGAACCUAAGUCCGGGAACAACAUGUUGCCAGUGCUUGACAGAAAAUCUAUUUCAAUGUCCUACGAGUGGACUGUGCUCCCAUCCCCGCAACAACUGCAAAUUCCACGACACUCCAGUCAAGGGGUACAGGUCCUGUCCAUCGCAUAUAUGUGAUGACCUCCGUGAUGAAAUAUGCCGACUCCACAAAUUCGGGGGACCGUCGUGGAAAAACAGCAAUGCUGAUCGGUGGUGCGUGAAUCACUGGGAGAUUGCGAAGUGUUUCAUGCCAUUGGGCGGCUACAAGGAUGUGUGUUCUUUUGAUCAGACAGACUAUAACGGGGUCAUCAAUAUACUGAUAAACUGUACAGCAUUCCAGCAAAAGCUGUCGUUUAAAGUAGACACCGUGACGAACAUUCUAACACAGGCUCGAGAUAUUGGACGGAGUAUUCGUCAUUCAUCAGACCUGAAGGUGACAGACGCUGACCUGAACUGCUACAUUACCACAAUGACAACACUGCUGUCUGAUCCUAAAUAUCUGAGCCGCGAUCGAAAAGCACAGGAGGCGGUCUUGAAGUUGAACAAGCUUCAGGCGGACACGCUAUACAUAUCUAAUGAAGACGUUCAUGAAAUUCUUGAUGAAGCCAGGAUUGUCGUCGAAACUGGAAAACAUCAAAUAGAACAAGCAGUGACAGAAGGCAAGCAUAUCAUAGAAACAGGAAAAGCAGAAAUAGAACAAGCAGUGACAGAAGGCAAACAUAUCAUAGAAACUGGAAAAACAGAAAUAGAACAAGCAGUGACAGAAGGCAAGCAUGCCAUAGAAACUGGAAAAGCAGAAAUAGAACAAACAGUGACAGAAGGCAAGCAUGCCAUAGAAACAGGAAAAGCAGAAAUAGAACACGCAGUGACAGAAGGCGAGCAUAUCAUAGAAACAGGAAAAGAAGACAUAGCGCAAGCAGUGACAGAAGGCGAGCAUGCCUUAAAAACAGGAAAAGGUCAGCUUGAAAGUUCAGUAAUAGAAGGGGUUAAAAUACUUCAAUUUGAAGCUGAUAAUGCAGUCGUUAAAGUCUCGAAGCAGAUACACACUGAUGUUCUUGUACCUGCUGAAAACCGAUUUGAAGAAAAGGUUCAGGCGAGACUGAAAGCUUUAAAGCAAAUUAUUCAAGACACGACUGAUAUUGGAGAACGUGAAAUAUACAGCCGAACAUCAGAAGGUAUUGAAGCCCUGGACGAGGCGGUAUUUGAGGCCAUGCGGAAGAUCAGCGUAUCGACUGCCGAAAGGGAAGAAGAUCUUCAACAACGACUGGCCAAAAAUUACAAAAAAUAUCUGAGCAGUGCAUCAAUUUCGCCCCUGGUCUCCGACAAGGACGAUACGCUGGACAGGUUCUACGUCGCUCCGAUGAUCGUGGAGAAGGACCACAAAACGGUUGGAACCUCGCAACAACAGCAAGGAACACUUGUGUCUUUUUACAGUAAUAUUUUCCGAAAAGACGAUAUAUUUGUAAGCAACAUUUACGUGAUCGGUGAGGCCGGAAUGGGAAAAUCAACAUUUUUAGCGAAAUGUGCCCUCGACUGGGGCGCACAAAAUUUCCCCACCUUAAGCGACAGCAGAAGUUCCAAACAUGUUCUGAAAAAAAUCAAAGGCGAACUUUUUCAGGAUCUUAACGUUCUUGCUACAUUUGACUUCCUUUUUUAUGUUACUCUUCGCAAUGCAAAUGAAUUGUGCAAUCUUACUGACAUGAUCACAGAUCAGGUAAUCAGCAGAAUUUACCACGCGGAUGAUGUAGCUUCUGGAAAGGAAACUUUGCUGAGUGUUCUUUCAAACCGGAAUUGCCUAAAAUUAGCUGACGGCCUAGAUGAAUGGUCACACCCUUGUGAAUCUAGUUGUUCCUGUACAGAUCAGGAAAAGGUUGCUCCAUUCCUGUCUCCAUCAAUAGAUGCAACUGUGUUGAUAACAUCCAGGCCAUGGAGGAUGGCCCAGCAUCGUGUGAGAGAUUCUAGAAUUGACAAGUCCCUUGAGAUUCAAGGUGUGGCUAAUUCGAAACGUUUAGUUCAGAAUGUACUCGGCUGCUUAAGCGGAAUGGCAGAAAGUGAAGAGAAAAGCGAGGAAUUCAUGUCAUUUAUCAGGAAAAAAGAUCUUACAAACCUACUGUCCGUUCCAAUUGUCUUAAUGAUGCUCGUAUGUUUGUGGUUUGAGGGAGUCGGAGAAUCGUUCUCCCUCUGCGAGAUAUAUGCGCUCAUGAUGGACAUGAUGUUUGGAAGAAAAGCACUCACGAAGUAUAAGCCUCAACACGAGCAGACAAAGUUGCUGCCCUGCUUCCAGAAAGCAAAACACAUUUUUAAAUACAUACCUGCAUUGUUAUCCACGGCCAAACUGGCUUUUGAUCAGCUGUUUUCGAUGGAUCGAAAAUCCGCCUUAGUGUUCAAACAACUAAGAUCACUUUCACGUGAAGACAUGGAAAUUAUGCUCAAAACUGGGAUUAUACGAGAAGCCAAAUCGCAAUCUGUCUUAAUGCAGUCGUCCAACUUCUCUUUCAUUCACAAAACAGUUCAAGAAUUCCUUGCAGCCUUACACAUGUCGUAUAACCCUGGUGAAUUUAACCGGGUAGUGGAACCAUUUUAUGAACGGGGAGCGAAAAUUUCGGAUGUUUCGCAAGUGUUUACUUUCAUUUGCGGGCUAAACAUUAAAACUGCAAAUCAGAUGUCUGCAAUGAUAUGUAUUAAUGAGCCUGUUAGUUGCUUAAAGCAAUCAUUCCCGUCAAUUGAAGUAUGCAUAGUUGAUCAGUCAGUAUUUUGUUUUAUUCAGGACAUUAUUGCUAAAGGCUACAUUGAAGCUUGUGCAAACAAUGUGGCAGAUAUCCAUCUCAACCUUCAUUUCUUUAAAAAAAAUUCUAACGCUCGAAAUAUUUCCACACUCAAAACCUUGUUGUCUAUGAACAAAUCUCAAGUACGAUUUCUGCGUGUUUGUAACCACAUGAAAGAGAUCAGCGUGGAGAAUAUCCAGGAGGUAUUUAGCCUCUCAGCAGACACUCUCAUCGCUGUUGACAUGGAAGACCGAAGUGGGAAGUAUGACCUGUCCUGCUUUAGCCGACUGAAAUACCUGAGUAUUCGUGAUAAAGGGACUUCAGUAGUAUGCGAUUCAGAAAUAAAACAUCGAAUUGUCAGCUCGAACCACACAUAUAUUAGGUUUGGAAAUAUGCACAGUGGUUUGAAACUCAUACAUAUGGAUUUCGUCCGAAACGUGGACCUAUUUUGUCAGACGCUUCCUCGGCUUUCACAGCUAGUAUACGUGCAUAUAGGUUACACAGACCUCGGUGACCACCGUGUGAAUCUCCCAAGCUCUGUCACUCGUAUUGAGCUUAUGCAGGUGAGGAUGACAAUGGAUGCGUUCCGAGGAUUGGUGAAGAGAAUGGAGGAGAGCACACACACUGUAUUCUGCUGGUUAUGGAAAUGUAUCGUCACACCGAUGAGUGAGUUCCGAAUGAUGAAAAUGCAUGUUCGAUCAUGUCACACUGUUUUGUGGGACGAACGCAAUUUAUUUUCCUUUAUAUACAAACCAACAACAGGCAGAAUGCUAUAUACACUAGGACCUCACAAUACAGUUCGUAUUUAAUAUGUUAAAAGUAAUUAUAGCUUCUUUGUGAUUUAAUUAUAAUAAUUCAUUUUCCUUUUUCGUUUGUUAUUGAUGUAUGAAUGUAAAAUGCUUCAAAAACUAUUAUGAACACAUCAAACAAUAUAAUGCAUAUGUGACAAGCUGUUUUUACAGUAAAGUACCAACUGUUUAUUUCAUAAAUAAGUUUUCACGAGGCACAUGCUUCAAUUAUCAAGAAAGAUUCAAUUUUAUAUUAUAACCUCUCCGGAAUAUUUAUGCAAUGUAAUUCUUUUAAACGUAGAUUUCUUAAAUAGUUAUCAUUUACACAUUUCAUUGUAGUGAUUUUUUCUUAUAUUCUUAACUGACGUUUGUGCGGUUGGUGAAUAUAACAGUUACAAAAUGUAGUUUAGCUGACAUAAUAACAUAAAGAAAUUGCUAUAUUAAUGUGUGCUUUGAUAUAACAAAGAUUAAAAAUAAACAUUGAUUGUGAUGACUUCUGCGAAGUAUAUAUCGCUUGAAAUAUAUCAUCUAAAUGAAAAAUAAAAAUAU